AUGCAGAAGGAGCUCGACCGCCGCACGCCUACCGAUCUAUCCCGGAAGGGUAAGUUGACGCACGGCACGGAGCGUCCCUCCCCUAAAUCUGCUGAGGACGAGCGCAGAUUGUUCCCGGGUAAAUACAAGGAACCUAAGGAUGGGGUGCCCAUUAUCCCAGGGUCAUACCCUAACCCGAAGACAAAACUCAAGAACCUUGGCUUCAAGCCAGUGGACAGAAUUUCCAACAACGCCCGAGAUAGCGGCCCCGUUCGUGCUCAUGGGAAGCAAAAGCAACCUCGUGUCGACCAUCUCAGCCCGCCAUACUCCGACAAUACCGGCAUGCACGGAUCCGAGAGACCUUCCAAACGUCAGCGCCUGAACAGCUCCGAGACACACCCCGCCAGAAGUCCCAUCAUCAUCAUACCGUCCGACGACGAAACGGGCCCGCCGGGCAUGGAGUCUUCAUCGAUGGCGGGUCACUCGGCGCGUCGAUCUUCCCUGUCGAGCCAGCUUUCGAGCCAGCUUUCGAGCCGGCCACGGCGGAUGUUGGAGUCUGGCCCGAGACUCGGCAGUGCAUCUGAGUAUCGUGAAGUUGAAAAGAGCGUUCAAAUUCCGCGAACACCUAGCAAGGCUUCUUCUAAACGCCGGCACUUUUCUACGGAUGACGACACGGACGAAAAAUUCACCAAGAAUGCCGCGCGAGAGCGGCGAUCACAACCGUCGACGAUGGAUUCUUCAGUGAAGCACGUAGAUGAUUCCGAAGCCCCGGGCCUCAACGGAAAUGUCCCCAAGAGUCCAUCUAGAGAACAAGCCGGUACGAUAUACAAGCAGAAAGAGUCGCCAGAUGUUGGAACGAAUGGAAGGGGAGGAUCGCCUAUCAAUCGGAACAUAUCCCCUUCUGGACAAGGCCAUCCAAUGAGUCCGUCUCGAGAUCGAUCCAAGAAGAGCGUCAAGCGGCCGGCGUCUGAUCGCGGGGAAAGUUCCGACGAACUCCAGGGUGAAGUAACGGUCAAACCAGCACCAUCUAAGCUCGCCAAAGAGCGUACGGGAAGCGCUUCCGGUGGGGCCCAGACGGACGAGGCUCGCAAAAAAGUUAUUCGGAUCCAGUCUGAAUCGCCCCAGCCCUCGACUACGGAGAAGAUGCCCCGUCAAAAGCGGGAUAAAUUGAGCAAGAAGAAAUCCAAGAAGGGGAAAGGGCUUCGAAUGUUCCAAGCGACUUUUUUUCGAAAAGGCCACGACUCUCCACGGCCGCCAAAUGGUGAGAACAUCCGACUUGGGGUGGAUACGAAAAAUAAAAUGAUGAAAGUCUACGCGACACCAUCUGUCGAGGCACACACCGAGUUGGAUCUCAACAAGAUUGACCACGUCAAGAAGGGGGAUGAGUCUAGUCGAAAGAUUUCCUUAUAUAUGUCCAAGUCGGGGACCGAUGAUAAUCGGGUAGAUAUUGAGCUGUUGUCGCCCGAGGAUAAGGAUAGUCUCAUCAGCGUGCUUGAGAAGAAGUUGGAGGCCAAGGUACACGGUAGACCUAGCGACUGGAUGGACAGUGCAUUUGUCAAGAAAGGGAAGCAGUUAGCUUCCCAACCGAAUGGGUCGAAGCGCCCAGUUGAAAGUGACGUCGAACGAUCCACUGACCCAACGUGUGGGCGCGUCAAACGAAAAAGACUUGCGGACGCACUCAAGGAUUAUUCUGCAGCUCCUGACAGGGAAGAAGGUUCGCCCUCUGACAACGAGCUUCCACCUGCUGAUCCCUUACCUCGUGCAUCCACACAUAAAGGCUCACCCGCCCCCGACGAUAACCAACCUCCUCCAUUAUCCAAGUCGGCGGACAACGCAGUGACCAUUCCGGUGAAGAAGUAUAUCCCAAAAACACCAGCUACCGGACGAGCAACAAGAUCGAUGUCUCGCCGUGCAGAACCAGCCACAGUCGUCUUGCCACUGGUUUAUCCGCGUUUCGGGAAGAAGAAGGCCGAAGUUGACAUCCAAGAUCUGGAUCGCUUGCGCGAAUCGGAAUUCCUUAAUGACAACUUGAUUGGUUUCUACAUACGGUUCCUGGAGGAUCACCUGGAUCGAAGGAAUAAAGAAGUCUCGAAGAGGGUUUACUUCUUCAAUUCAUACUUCUUCGCCACUCUGACCAAUCUUCCCGGGAAGCAAAAAGGCAUCAACUAUGAAGGAGUUGAGAAGUGGACCCGAAACGUCAAUCUGUUCAACUAUGAUUAUAUCGUGGUCCCUAUCAACGAAAAUGCCCAUUGCCAUCAGGAUUCGGAUCCAGGCAAAGAGGAGUCUGCCAGGCAGAGACUCGCGUCGAUGAGCUUGUCUGACAAAGACCUACCUCGUCACGGUGAUCUGGAGGCGCAGCCUGCGGAAACGGACUGGCCAGCUCAGGAAGAGAAUUUGACAUCUUCGCCGGCCAAAUUCUCAAGCCCUCUUCCCAAGGCUCGCGCAGCCCGUCGGGUUGAUUCCAAGAAUUCCCGUGGAUUGAAAGCAUCACCUCGAAAGCCCUUGCGGAAGUCUAAACGGAGGCCGCCCGGCGAUGUCCACCAACCUGCUAUCAUCACCUUCGAUUCGCUCAACUUGACUCGUGCGCCUACCAUCCGCGCUCUUCGUGAAUACCUACGCGCGGAAGCUAGGUCCAAACAAGGUCUCGAGAUCAAUAAAACCCUAAUCGAAGGCAUGAAGGCUCGCGAAAUUCCUCUUCAGCCAAAUUAUUCCGAUUGUGGGUUGUACCUCCUCGCAUAUGUCGAAAAAUUCGUACAGGACCCGGAUAAUUUUAUCCGGAAACUCCUCAAGGAUGAAAUGAAGGAAAAGGCCGACUGGCCUCGUCUUCGGCCAGGUCUUCUCCGUGCCCGGUUGCGCAACUUUCUUGAUGAUCUUUACGAUGAACAGAUGCAACUUAGCCCCCAAGAGGCGAGCGAGCAGGCAUUGAUGGUAGACCGACAGCCAAUCACUUAUCUUCUGGGAACCUUAGAGCACGAUGCCGAGGGAAAGGAUGAUGAGGUUGAGGCACAAAAGUCACCUCUGUUGAGUGCGAUUCAGGCACCAGUCAAGUCGGAUGAUGGUCGCGUUGAAAAAGCCACUCCGUCCAGAGAGCCGUCAGAAAGCCCGAAAAACAGUCGCGACUGUGCUUUGGAGCCCGAACAUACCAACGCUGAGGAGGCAAUGACACAUGGUACGGAAGAUAAACCCUCGGAAAUACGACAGACGCCUGAGUUGGACAAACACGCCCUGGAUCAAGCAGAUGAGGUAGUUGAGGUCCCGGACAGUCAGGACCAAAAUCAUCUUCCUGUCCCACCUCCGUCACCACCGAAGGUUCUCAUCAAGUACAGAGCUACGGCUCGGCGGGAACCCCAGCAACAAGAGGAUUCCAAGCAUAGGGCCAACAAUGAUGCCUGUUCUAGCAAAAAUCAGCCGGAAGAAAUUCCGGAAACGGACACGGAGUGCCCUCCUAAAAGCAGGAUAGAGGUACAAAUCAUUGGGUCCCCAUCAUCUCCUAAUACGCGGAGUGCUGCGAAGAGAAGUCCAAAGUCUUCGAAAAAUAAGUCAAAGCAUGCAGCGGAAUAG